AUGACACCUUCUUUUCUUCCACUGAACUCUGGACCUCCAGUCAGCAAGCUCUGCAAAGAUGUGCUUUUAAUUCAAAUGCCCAUUGAAAUUCCAGCGGAGUGGAAGAGAAAGAUGGAAUCCAAGUACCCAGGGAUCGAAAUUCGGUCCAGGGUUCUGUGGUUAGAGCUAGGUCUGGAGGCAAACCAGAUAGAACCGGAGCUUUGGAAUGGCGUCACAUUGACAUGCCUCUACCUGACGCACCCGGAAGAACUAAUGUCCAAUGUGCGUUUUAUACAGCUGACCUCAGCCGGCGUGGAUCGAUGGAUCCAUCACCAGAGGUACAACUCCCCGGACGUUGCAUUUAGCACUGCAAGUGGCAUACACUGCCCUCAAAUUGCAGAGUGGGUCAUGUCAACUUGGAUUAUGAGAAAUCACAACAUCCUGCGCCACAUAGAAUCGCAAAGGGAGGGCACCUGGUCAGUUGUCAGAGCCGAGACAAGAGACUCUGCAGGCAUGCGUAUGGGCAUUCUUGGAUAUGGUUUCGUCGGGCGUCAGUAUGCACGUCUCGCCACGGCAAUGGGGAUGGAGGUAUACGCCUUCACGCGAACGCCAUACACCUCGGAUAAGAAAGCCAAGAGUGACCACUACAGCGUUUUGGGUAUGGGAGACCCGCACGGCCAGCUGCCCUCCAAGUGGUUUCAUGGCGAGUCUAGAGAUGCCGUCAACGAGUUCCUGCGCCAGGACCUGGACCUCCUAGUGCUCUGCCUGCCGCUGACCAAGGAGACCGAAUAUCUGCUCGGGCCGGAGCAAUUUGCUAUAUUGGCACAGGGCAAUAAGCGAAUAUUCAUCUCCAAUGUUGCGCGGGGCAGACUGAUUUGCACAGAAGCCCUGAUUGAUGCACUGCACAAGGGAAAGAUUUGGGGCGCUGCUGUGGACGUGACGGAUCCUGAGCCGCUGCCUGAAUCGCAUCCGUUGUUUAGCGCCCCCAAUGUGGUGAUCACGCACCAUGUGAGCUGGCAGAGUUCUAAUAACUGGGAUAGAAUGCUGGAUAUUCUGGAGGCCAAUCUGGAUCGUUUGGAUAAGGGUGAGAACCUUAUUAACAUCCCGGAUAGAAAGCUUGGCUAA